CAAAUAUGUACGCGUAUAUAAUGCUUUUAUUCUUACUUUCACUUCUGCUACUUUGCAUCAGACGCCUUCGUGGUUGGUUUUAUUUGAUCCGCGGACCCGAGAUGAUAGAUGAAGCAUAUGUCUCGGCCGGUGGGAUGCCCUUCAAAGUGCCUACUCCCAACAACAACCACUUGAUGGUGACUUCGAGCUAUCACAUCAAGGAAUUGAUAAAUGCGCCUCUCCAGAGUCUAUCCCUUCAUGCUGUGGCUAAGGAGAUCUUACAACCGAAAUACACAAUGUCUGGCUUUGAGUGGCAAGACCAGCGUGGGAUCGAGGGGACGGGCUUCGUGCGAGCCUUAAGGAGCAGGCUAACUGCUCACUUGCCCGGCAUGCUACCCGACCUCAAGCGAAUGGUUGAGGCUGCCAUUACGGAAGAACUGGGCACACCAGAUACAGAUGGCAUGCUAACGAUAAAACCAGGUUCUGUGCAUUGCCGACUGUUCCCGCUGAUCAAGCGAGCUGUCACCAAGGUCAACUGUUUUGUCUUCUUCGGGGAGCAGCUCGCACAAAAUCCCGAAUUCACCGCAGCCGCCCUGGAAUUCCCUCAGACUGUCAUUUUCGCUUCGGAGAUAUUGCGUAUCACACCUUCCUUCUUACGGCACUCUGUCGCUAGUUUGGUGACUGAAAGGCAUCGUGCCGUCAAGACCCUCAUGCGGUAUCUCGAGCCGGUGGUUAAACAGCGACUAGCCAUGAGGGCUGUGGAUUCCACGGAGAAUGUGGACUGCAUGCAAUGGCUUAUCGAGACCUCACCCCGGAAAACCCAGUGGACGACCGCGCGCAUGGUGGGUGAGAUUAUUGCAGUCUGGUUUGGGUCUGUGCAUCAGUUGGCCAUGACCGCGACAUACGCGAUCGAGGAUUUAUGCUCGCAUGAGGAGUACGUGCGCCCGCUUCGGGAGGAAGUCUACGGUGUCGCUCCUGAAGGCUUGUGCCCUGAUCUGGCCGCUAUGCCACUUCUGGAUAGCUUUUUGCGCGAGACCAUUCGCUGUACUAACUCAGACGCUAUCACCGCACGACGCAAAGCAUUAACACCAUUCACGUUCUCUGAUGGGUUACGAGUAGACCGGGGAGACUGGGUCUGUAUUCCACAACGAGCAAUGAUGCGCGAUCCGGCUCGCUAUUCGCACGCAGAGCAAUUUGAUGGCUUCCGAUUCGCGAGAGCCAACAAGCUCUUAGCUCUAAAUGAGGGCUGUGCUGAUGUGCCAGAAGUAGCACCGUUGCAGCUGACUGAUGUUGAUGUGAAUUGGCCGAUAUGGGGUCUGGGAAACACAGCCUGUCCAGGCAGGUUUUACGCGACAACAGUGUUGAAGUUGAUGAUGGUGUGCAUCCUCCAGGGAUGGGAGUGCAGACUGGCGGACCCUCAGGCUCUUCGGUGGCGUACGUGGCGGUCCAGUGUUGUCCCUCGCACUGGGACGGUGGUGGUGUUUGAACGCCGGCAGAUGGAGUCGCCCACCUUGGUCCGGAGGGGGUGA